AAAAAAGAUCACCAAGUCGUCACUCACUCUCUCUAAAGAUCUCAUCGGCCGAUCUUUCCUUCGCCGCCGGUUUGGGUUGUUUUAUGUUGCUGAUCGUUGGAAUUGAGAUACAAUGGGAGCUUCAGGGAGAUGGAUUAAAGCAUUGGUUGGUUUUACUAAAUCUGAUAAGUCCAAGUCUUCAAAGAAAGAUGAAAAUGUGAAGGUUGCGUCCAAGAGUAGGUUUGGGAGAAAGAAUUCAGUUGAUUUCGACUUUGAGAAAUUUCAAGAUGGAUUUGAAGAGUCCAAUACGCGUAGUAUGAUUGAUACUGGGGUCUCUACUUCAACUUCACUACAGUCAUAUGGGGGUGUAGCUUAUGGAGAACAAAGUAGGGAAAAUCGGGCUGCAACGCGUAUCCAAACAGCUUAUCGGGGAUUUUUGGCUAGAAGGGCUUUACGAGCGUUGAAGGGAUUGGUUAGACUUCAAGCCCUUGUUAGAGGACACGCUGUGAGAAAACAAGCUGCUGUAACUCUUCGAUGCAUGCAAGCGUUGGUAAGAGUUCAGGCUCGUGUACGCGCAAGACGUGUUCGUCUCGCCUUGGAAUUGGAAAGUGAAACGGUUCAGCAGACACUUCAGCAACAGCUAGCAGAUGAAGCCAGAGUUCGAGAAAUAGAGGAAGGUUGGUGCGAUAGUAUUGGAUCUGUUGAACAAAUCCAAGCCAAGCUGCUAAAGAGGCAGGAAGCUGCAGCUAAGCGUGAGAGGGCUAUGGCAUAUGCUUUGACUCACCAGUGGCAGGCAGGAACUCGGCAGUUAUCUGCUCACAGUGGCUUUCAACCUGACAAAAACAACUGGGGAUGGAACUGGUUGGAAAGAUGGAUGGCUGUUCGGCCAUGGGAGAACAGGUUUCUUGACAGUAACCUCAGGGAGGAUGCAAAAUUAGGUGAAAACAGCAUGGAGCAGUCUGAGAAUGUGCCCAAAACGCAGAUGAAAAGUGUGAGCAAGAUGCCAAAUGCUUCAAAUCUUAUAUCUGGUAUUUCAAGUCAGAUGACUGGCCCAUGUCAGUCGGAUGGUAAUUCAUCUUCUCCUGGAAUAUCGUCAAGCAUUCCAGUGGUAUCCAAGGCUAAGUCAAAGCCUGCUAAAGAUGAUCUUGCUGUAGAAGUUAACUCAAGACCUGGUGCUGGUCCAAGAUCUCACAGCAAUCCGAAAGAAAGAUCAAGAGAGCCAAAUAGAUCUUCAAAGGAACGAUUAUCUCUGCCAAACAGUGGAAAAUCCUUAGGAUCUCAGUCAGCUAAAGCCAACCGAGCGGGAAAACUCAUGCCAACAUCUCAAAAAGGAGUGGAGGAAAAAUCUGCCCAAAACCAGAGAAGACGCAACUCCGACCCAAUAAAACAGAGGCUCGCAUAGCCUUGUAAGUGUGUAGCUCUGAGAAUCGUGAGCCCGAAUCCCAUCGUCCUGUACAUACACAGCUUUUGAUGAAAGGAAAGAGACAAGAUCAUGGGAGAACAGAACACAGCGGGUUUUAGAUAAGAGAGUUGCUUGGUUCAUCGAUCAAUCAAGAAGAGAAGGAUGCCGUAUUGGUGUCUCUCACUGCCUUCAUUGUUGUUGUUAUUUAUGUUAGCCAUCCUUUUUUUGUCCAUGACUCUCUGGAGUGAUUUUGGAUUCUUAUAUGGAUCGGUAAGUUAAUAUAAUCUCAAGGUGUAU